AUGUCUGACAAGAAGUACUUGACUGCGCAUACCGGCUUCGGGCAUGGCAAUAUAGGAGACGUGAUCGCUGAGGAGGAUAUGAUGAACAGCAUGGUAAACGACGAGAUCUUCUGGAACGACGGCGAUGACCUGGUCGAUGACGACGACGGAGCUGGGCGAGUCACGGCAGGCACUGAACAAUUCUCCGAUCUAGGUCGAGGCGAGGCGACCGAGAUCUCGACUGCCGGCAACCGAUAUACUGAGCGAGAAGCCGUCCUUACCUUGCCUCUGGUAGAGCUAUCACUGAUGCAGAACACCAUGAGCAAGCAAAAGACCACCAUAGGCACAAACAAGGCCGCCACAGCCGCUGCUAAGCCCAAGGGCCAACACUGCCACGAGAGAGCACCUAAGACCAAGACUGAAGCACCGGUGUGUUUUUCAAGUCGGAGCCAUCUUCAACUCCCUUCCCUUGCCCUGCGCCCAGAUUCCUUCGCUGUCUCUUUGGCGUUCUCCGACCUGUUGCCUUGUUCAGUUGUCGGUGAGCCUGUCUCUACAACGCCGCCAUCAUGCUCCCGCUGUUACGAUACUCCUCCUCCUACUGUCCUGAAGACGACCAAGUCAUAG